UUGACCGGGUGGCGGGGGGAAUGGCUGCGGUGUGAGGGCCGAGGACGGCCCCUGUGCCGAUACGACGUGAUGUGUUGAAGGUGGGAAGUUGACGGCCGACUAUGGCUGGGCCUGACCUCUCCGGGUGAGGGUGUCUGUAUGUAGCGGCCGCCCUGUCACUCGGUGACCGGGACCUGGCCGUUCAGCCCGUCCUCCCCAUCCAGUGUCAGCUGUGUUCCCUCAACACCCCUGCCCUGGCGCUUAAAUCGUUGGGUGGCUGAACCUAGCUUGGUUAUGGGGCUCCUGGAACAGUGUGAGGAGGUGUUUGGUACCUCAGACCUGUACCAAGUGUUGGGCGUUAAGACAGGGGCCUCGGAAGGAGAGAUCCGGAGGGGAUAUCGGAAAAUUUCUCUGCAGGUUCACCCUGAUCGAGUUACAGAGGUGGAGAAGGAAACAGCCACUCAGAAGUUCCAGAUCCUGGGUAAAGCAUACACCGUUCUGAGCGACAAGGAGCAGCGUGCAGUGUAUGAUGAGCAAGGUAUAGUGGAUGACGAAACAGAUGCCUUAACACAGGAUCGUGACUGGGAAGCUUAUUGGAGACUUCUGUUUAAAAAGAUUACAUUUGAUGAUAUUAAGAACUUUGAAGACAAGUACAAGGGAUCUGAAGAGGAGAUGACGGAUAUAAAACAGGCAUAUAUGGAAUUUAAAGGGGACAUGGACUGCAUUAUGGAGUCAGUGUUAUGUGCAACAGUUGGGGAUGAACCACGGAUACGAGAAGUCCUAGAGAGCGCCAUCAAAGCACAAGAGCUUCCAGCAUACACUGCGUUUACCAAAGAGAGCAAAAAUAAACAGAGAGCACGCAAGAGGCAGGGUGACAGAGAAGCUAAAGAGGCUGAAGCAGCGAGACUGGAAUUGGGGCUGGAGGAUGGCGAUGACUCACUCAAAGCACUGAUCCAGAAGAAGCAGAAGGACCGAGAGAAGGAAAUGAACAGUUUCUUGACUGCAAUGGAGGCCAAAUACUGUGGAAAGUCUGCAAAAGGUGGGAAAAAAACUGCCAAAAAAGGGAAGAAAUAAAAAAUCUGUGAUGAUGCCCUACCUUCAGAUGGAACGGCAGGAGUGCAGUAGUCUCAGAAUUCUGGAAUGAGAAGAGCUGGUAUUGCUAUGGUGACUUUAGUUGUCUGCCUUGAACAACUCAUGUACUCUUGACUUUUUUCCUGAGAAUUACUGUUCCCACUAACCUUGUUAUAUAGUCCAUGCUGAGCUGUUCUCCCUCCACAGUGCAUCUGUUGAGAUGUAAAGGGAGAGGAAUCCUAACCAGAUGGUUGUGUUUUGUACUAAUAUGUUUCCAGGAAAUAGUCAUUUUUGGAUGCAGCCAUUAUUUAAAUGACAAUUCUGUGUUGAUGACAUUAUAAUGAAAUACAAAAUACUUAAAUGUUUGCAGAAUGUUUCACUGAACCCUAUAUUGACACACACCCCAAUCCCGAUUUUAUAACUGACACAUCUCUCCAGUGACAUUAAGUGAAAGCCUGUGUUGCUUCCCCUCCUCCAUCUCCCCCAUAAGUGUAAAAGUUUUUGCUGUAGUAAGUUCCAUCAGUUAUUUUCUGCACUGAUUAGCACAUGCAGGAAUGGAACCCCUUUUGAAUUCAGACUUUAUCAGUUCUUAAGUGCUUCUUACAUACCUGUAAUGUAAGUAUUUCUAAGUAACACACAUAAAGUGCUGGAAGAACUGAGUGGGUCAGACAGUAUCUGUGAAGCUAAAUAAAUUGGCAAUAUUUUGGUCCAAGACCUUUCUUCAGGCCUGGAAAGGAAGGGGUAAGACUCCAGAAUUCAAAGAUGGAAGGCAGGGGAAGGACAGCAGCGAGGAGUUGAAACCAAGUAGGUGGGACAGGUAAAGGGCUGGAGAGGAAGGAAACUGAUUGAAGAGAGUGGACCAUGGGCGAAAGGGAAAAAGGAGGUGAUAAGCAGGUGAGGAGAAGACAAGAGGCCAGAGUGGGGAAUAGAAGAAGAGGGAAGGGGGAGGGGUAAAAUAUUGGAAGGCAAAAUCAAUAUUCGUGCCAUCAGUUUGGAGGCUACCUGGACAGACUAUCCUGUGUUGCUCCUCUACCCUGAGAGUGGCUUCAUUGUGGCAAAAAAGGUGGCCAUGGACCGAGAUGUCGGAAUGGGAAUGAGGAUAAGAACUGAAAUGGUUGGCCACUAGCAAAUUGUUUUUUGUAGAAGUGCUCGACAAAGCAGUCCCCCAAUUUUUGUUGGGUUUCACCAAUAUGAAGGCUGCACUGAGAGCACCUAAUACAAUAGAUAAUCCCAACAAACCCAUAGGUGAAGUGUUGCCUCACCUUGAAGAACUGCCUGGGGUGCUGAAUGGGCAAGAGUAGCACCCCUGUUGCUUGCAGGGAUAUGUGCCAAGAAGGAGAUUUGUGGGGAGGGACAAAUGGGCAAGGGAGUCAUGGAGAGAAUGAUCCCUGCAGAGGGUGGACGGGGCUGGUAAGAUCCCAUUGAAGAUAGCAGAUCGCAGAAAAUGAUGUUUUGGAUGCAGAGGCUCAUGGGGUGGUAGGAGAGGACAAGAGGAACUUAUUUUGUUGAGGUGGGAAGAUGGGCUGAACGCGGAUGUCUGGGAAAUGGAGGAGAUGCGGCUGAGGGCAGCAUCAGUAGAGGAAAGGAAACCCCAUUCUUUGACGGAGGAGGAGAUUUCUGAUGCCCUGGAAAGGAAAACUUCAGCCUGGAAGCAUGGCAGAGAUUAACUGAAUAAAGGGAAUAGCAUUUUUACAGGAGGUGGUGGUAAGAAACGCAAUCAAGAUUGCCAUGGAAUUUUUCUCAUUCUUUGAAGAUAUUUCUGGGUGCUGGGCAAAAUUAUAAAAAAUGUUCAGUGAUUAGAUUGUUAGUUUGAUUCCUGAAUGAACACUUAAUUUUGUUAAGUAAAUGGUUCAUAAUUUGAUACUUUCUCACACAAAUUGUUCUUCCAGAAUAUAGCACUCUAUGUUUACUGUGCCCAUUCCAUCAUCCAGUCUGUAUCUUCUUGACAUCUGCCAAUAUCUUCUUUAUGCCAUGGACUCCUACCAUUAACCGAGGGGUCUGUGGACCCCUGGUUGAGGACCCCUGAUUUAGUAGACCAGCAGAUUAAAGUUACAUUGUUGACAAGUUUAUUUUCCCAAAGAGUUUGGGGUUCUGAAGUCACUGAAAAAAUAUGAAGGCUGACACUCUUUACAAAUGGUAUCCGGCAAGGCGUUUGAGCUGUUAUUUGAAGUACUGCAGAGCGUUAAAGUGAGAGUAAUCUAAAUCGCUCUACUUUUAGCUGGUAUGGACAUGAUAGGCCAAAUGACUCCUGUCCUCAGCUAAUGAUAAAGACAGGUAAUUCUAGGUACCAGCUCCGCUACCUUCAGGAAUCAGGAUGUGCAUGCCAAUAUCAUACUCUGCUUUCUGGUAUCCAGUCAAGCUUCUUUGUUCUACAUUUUGUUUUACAUCUGUGGAAUAAAUUCCAUUUGUCUGCCA